AGGACAGGCAGGCGGGGCCAGGUCAGCAAGGAGUAAGUGCCUCCUGCCGCCUCUGAUCCACUGCACUGCUGCUGCUGCUGCUGCUGCUGCUGCUGCUGACUACAAACACAGACCUCACCAUGAAGUUUGCCCUCCUGCCCUGGGUCCUGCUGCUGCUGGUGACAGUCCCCGGCCCAGGGCCCAGGUCCACAGCAGGGUUCUCUUUUCCAGUUGCCCAGGAUAGCUGCUCCCUGCGCUGUGGGGACCGGAAUGGGCCCUGCUCCUGCCACCCAACCUGCUCGGGCCUUGGCACCUGCUGCUUCGACUUCCAGAAUUUCUGCCUGGAGAUCUCACCUUCCUCAGGUUCCAUGAUGGGUGGCAAGGACUUUGUGGUUCAGCAUCUCAAGUGGUUCAACUCCACAGAUGGUGUGAUCUGCAGGUUUAAGGAGAGCAUCCAGACCCUUGGCCAUGUGGACUCCUUGCGGCAAGUACACUGCAUAUCACCCUUGCUCUAUGAGAGUGGCCGCAUCCCCUUCAACAUCUCAAUGGACAAUGGUCGCUCCUUCCCUUAUGCAGGCACCUGGCUGGCUGUGCACCCCUACAAAGUGUCAGAGACAGAGAAGAGCCAGCUGGUGAAUGAGACCCGCUGGCAAUACUACGGCACCCCAGGCACCACAGGUAACCUCAGUCUCAUCUGGAACAACUCGGCACUGCCCAUGCAGGCUGUCACCAUUGAGCUGUGGGGCUAUGAGGAGACAGGGAAGCCAUACUCAGAGAAUUGGACAGCAGAGUGGUCAUACCUGUACACCCUGGCCACAAACAUUCCCAACUCUGGCUUCUUCACUUUCACUCCAAAAUCUGCAUCUCCCAACUAUCAGAGAUGGAAAGUGGGUGCACUGCGGAUCACUGACAGCAAAAACUAUCCAGGGGAAAAGGAUGUACUGGCACUCUGGACCAAUGAUCAUGCUCUGGCCUGGCACCUGGGUGAUGACUUCCGGGCAGACUCUGUGGCUUGGGCCCGGGCACAGUGUCUGGCCUGGGAGGAACUGGAGGACCAGCUGCCCAACUUCCUGAAGGAGCUACCUGACUGCCCCUGCACCCUGGCCCAAGCCCGAGCUGACUCUGGCCGCUUCUUUACAGACUAUGGCUGUGACAUUGAGCAUGGCAGCAUUUGCACCUACCACCCCGGAGCUGUGCACUGCGUACGCUCUGUGCAAGCCAGUCCCCAGUACGCCUCAGGCCAGCAGUGUUGCUACACAGCAGCUGGCACACAGCUCCUAACAGCUGACUCCACCAGUGGCAGCACCCCCGACCGUGGCCAUGACUGGGGUGCACCCCCGUACCGCACACCACCCCGGGUGCCCAGCAUGUCUCACUGGCUCUAUGAUGUCAUCAGCUUCUAUUAUUGCUGCCUCUGGGCUCCCGAGUGCUCCCGCUACAUGCAGCGGCGGCCCUCCAGUGACUGCCGCAAUUACCGGCCCCCACACCUGGCCUCCAUCUUCGGGGAUCCUCAUUUUGUCACGUUUGAUGGCACCAACCUCACAUUCAAUGGGCGUGGCGAGUAUGUGCUGCUAGAGGCGGUGGUGACAGACCUGAGAGUUCAGGCACGGGCUCAGCCUGGGACGCUGACCAAUGGCUCACAGGCCCGCGGCACAGGGCUGACUGCAGUGGCUGUCCAGGAGGGCGACUCAGAUGUGGUAGAGGUGCGACUGGCCAACAGGUCUGGGGUCCUGGAGGUGCUGCUGAAUCAGGAGGUACUCAGCUUUGCUGAGCAGAGCUGGAUGGACCUGAAGGGCUUGUUCCUGUCAAUGGUUGCUGAGGACAAGGUAUCCAUCAUGUUGUCAUCGGGAGCCGGCCUAGAGGUCAGCAAACAGGGCCCUUUCUUGAGUGUGGACAUCCUGCUACCUGAUAAGUUCCUGACCCACACCCAUGGCCUCCUUGGAACACUUAAUAAUGAUCCCACCGAUGACUUCACCCUACGCAGUGGGCAGGUCCUGCCCCCGAAUGCCAGUGCCCAGGAGCUGUUCCAGUUUGGGGCUGACUGGGCAGUACACAACACCUCUUCCCUGUUCACGUAUGACUCCUGGUUUUUGAUUCAUAACUUCCUGUACCAACCCAAGCAUGACCCCACCUUUGAGCCCCUCUUCCCUGACAAGACCACUCUCAGCCCGAGCCAGGCAGAUGAGGCAGCCAAACUGUGUGGGAAUGACCAUUUCUGCAACUUCGAUGUGGCAGCCACUGGGAACCUGAGUGUGGGCAAUGCCACACUGGUUGCCCACCAACUGCACCAGCAGCGCAUACGGAACCUGCAGCCUGUGGUAUCCUGUGGCUGGCUGGCUCCCCCCUCCAAUGGGCACAAGGAGGGCCUCAGGUACUUGGUGGGCUCCACUGUGCACUUCCAUUGUGACAGCGGCUUCAGCUUGACUGGGGCAGAGACCAGCACCUGCCAGGCAGAUGGCACCUGGUCCACACCCACUCCAGAGUGCCAGUUAGGACGGAGCUACACGGUGCUGCUGAGCAUCAUCUUUGGAGGACUGGCAGUGGUACUACUGAUUGCUAUCAUCUAUGUGCUGCUUCGAAGGAAGGGCAACAUGUGAGACCCCACCCAGGAACAUGUGGAACUUGCAGCCUUGAGAGUGGAGCAUGCUUGGCCAGCAACACAGGGUCACAUUAGGGCCAAGACCCAGACUCCCAGGAGAAAGCCCUGGACUCCCAAUAAUAUAGUCACCAGUCCUGUGAUUCUGAAACCCCUAGGAUUGGACACCUGAUACCUGGGCCUUUAACACCUGUGGACCUAAGACCGGGUACCUAGUCUGUCAUCUCAGAUGGAGGUAGGAUACCUGGUGUUAGGAAUUCUAAAUCCCGGUCAUCAACCCCUUGUUUUGUUCCCCUACUACUCACAGUUCUAAUUCCUAAGAACUGAGACCUCAUGUCCUGGAAUGCUAGUGCCUGUGCCCCAAGCCCUAAUAUUUCUACAUCAGAAACUCACUCCCCAUAACCUGAUGCCAGUGGCCAUGACCCCUGGUAGACUGAGAUCUACUGCCCCCACCCCCUGUGGGGGCCUCAGGGCCAAGCUGUCUUAGUUCCUAGACCCCGGGCUCAGCCUGAGAAUUCAGGUGGACUCAACCCUGGGGUAAUGAGAGACCUCAGUGCCCCCUGGGAAGAGAAGUCCCCCAGUAGGGAAGAGAUCUCUCUGCACUUCAGGCUUGUAUUUCUACCUAUUCUGGAAUGUUGCUCAAGAAUACUCCCCACCACUGUCUGUACAAGGAGAAAACAAACUCUCUGUAUUCCUUCCCUGCUGUCCUGUUGCUUAUGCUGUACCUUGAUUCUGGAGGGCUCCAUGGUCAUCCUGUGAAGUCACCUACCAACAGCACCAGGGUCUGAGUACUGUCUGCUUCAUCCACUUCUGGGUCACUUGGGACAGGUCUCCACAGCCUCUUUCUAAUGUGUAAAAUAGGUUCCAGAAUAGUGACCACCUUGUGGGGUAGGAAAUGAAGAGCCACACUGGUUACUUGGGAAACGGGAAGGGGCAGAUCCACCCUGUCCAUGCUCAUGCUCUCCCAGCAUGCCCUGCCCUGGUGUUCCCUGAGAAGAGAUGUAUGCUCCACAGCAAGCUGCCAAGCCUACCCUGGCCCCUAAUCAUAACUCUAGCAUUGCACUACAAGAGGUUUCUCCUUGCCUGGGCAGUAAUUGGUAGGACCAUGCCUAAGUCCUCAAGUGAGUGAUUCACCUUCCUUCACUCAAGAAUGUCCAGAAGCUAGAUACAGACAUACUACUGCUGCCCACCUGAGCAGUUCCUUACCUGCCCCUCUGGGACUAAGAGUGGCAGAACACCAUGGAAGCACAAACCUGGAACCAGCUGGAGGAAAAGUAGGGCCCAAAGUCCUCUUUUGUGGAUAGGUCGCUGAAUGAGGGUUAGGCAGAUUUGCAUCUUAGAUCUUAGAUGGAGAAAGUAUAGGAGAGGGUGGGGCUUGGGAUGCCCAUAGGUGAAGUCCCUUGGGUGGGGAAGAGUAGAGGUGUCAUUAUAGCCUGCAGUUCUAGGAAUGACCACAUGGAGGCAGCAGAGGGUAGAAACAAUGAGUGUGUUGGGGGAAGCUUGACAAUCUGCUGCUGCCAGCAGGUUUGAUCACAGCUGUAAUGGAGAUUUGUGAUGCCUUCAUAUUCCCCUACCUGGGAGGACCACGGGUUAACUCUCAGUCUCAGGAAAGAUUGUACAGGCUGCCCAGGGUUGUCUAACUGACACUGGAGUCAAGAGUUCAGGACUCCCACUCACUGAGCCUUGCACUUAGUAAAGGGUCCAGGCCAGAAGUAGAGGAGCUGAGAGGCAGGAGCAGUUCCCAUCUGGAGGACUUCCUGGAGGAAGAUCAUGAUGGAACAUGUAUAAGGAAACAGCUGGCAGGGGUUAGAAGAAUGAAGGGUCAUCCAAGAAACUACAAAAACAAUGAGGUCAGUGUCCUGUCUUCCCAGAUCCCUCCUUGCCUUGUUCUUAGACUAGACUGGUAGCUUGGGGCGGGGUGGUGCUCCCUGCCCCUUGGACAUUGAGCUGGUACUUUCCUCUGUACAGAUGAGGUAGUCUCAUCUCCUCAUUGCCUGAGUCCCCAGUACAUUCCUAUGCCAAGCCAGGCCAGUCUAGCUGCCUCAGUCAAUGAGAGGUUGGUUUCCUGGUCAAGGCCUGAACAUGUAGGCAGUUCAAGAAGCCCAGGAGGACAGGGGCAACUUCAUGACUCAGUCUAGCAGAGGGUGUCUCAGACAGGGUAAAAGAUAGGUUGUGGUGACACACACCUGUAGUCCUAACUACUUAGGAGACUGCGGCAGGAGAAUUGCUUAAGUCCAGGAGUUUGGGGCCAGACUGGCAACAUGGACAGGCCCUCUCAAAAAAGACAUUAUAUUCUCAGAGCUCCGAUUAGAGAGGCUAGUCCAGGUAAAGAAACAGCCUAACUAGAGGCUCAGAGGGAGAGAUUGGUAGUUGUAUCUGAGGAGCAGUGGGUGGGAUAGGAGGCCAGUCAAGAUGUCUCUGCUGCCACGCCAUGGCAUUUAGACUUCCUGAGUAAAGCACAGAUCACUUCAGUCUUCUCUGUCCAAACUAUCUUCCUCCAAGACAGGCCCUAGAUCUGUCUCCACAUCUCCCCUCCCCAGCAGGAGAAAAGGGCACCCUGGCUGUGACCUUAGCCCCAGACAUUCCCAUUGCCAGGGGCAGGCCAGGCUGGGAAGCCCCACCACCUGACAGGGGUUUUCCCAGGGUCCCAAAGGAGAUAGAGGUACUGUUGGGCCCUUGCAAAAGUGGAAGUUACCAGAACAAGCACAGAUCCUCUAGAGACAUCAAAGGCAGGGACCUCUACCUUGGGGAGGUGGUCUCUAAAACAGCAGCCACAGAGCUUGCUGGACGGACAACAGUGGGAGAUUUGUGAAUGGCCCACCACAGGUUGGACUGAUGGAUCAUCCAAGUCAGAGCCCUGUGGCACACUAUGCACCCCUUGAAUAAGGUUAGGGGAGAUGGUAAUCCAAGGACUUGGAAAGAGAUGAUGGGAGAGCCAGAGGAUCAAAUAAUUGCCAGUGAAAUACCCACAGGAUCCUGGCACCACCCCUGGGCAGAGGAAUUAAAGUGAAGGAUGUGCUCCUGGAGCCAGGCCCAGGUCCACACAGAAGCAGGAACUAUGCAGGCCUGUUGGCUCAGCCUGGCCAGAGUCACAAGGGCAUCAAUCCUGCCACAGACUCCCCCAUCAACUGAAGCAGAAAGAAGCACCUACUUCUCUCCUCCUGCACUCCAGUCUUUCACUAGGACUUCCCAUUGGCUGAGCACAAUUGAGAACAGCAGAAGGUGAGGAGGACUUCCACCAAGUACAGGAACUGUCCCCUCCACUUCUGCCAGGUCAAUCAGUUCCUUUCAAAAACCCUAGGGUAGACUGGGGACAUAGCUCAAUGGAAGAGUGCUUGCCUAGCGUGUGUAAGGUCCUGGGCUCCAUCCCCAACACUGCAAAGAAAAAAAAAAUUCAUGGUAGUUGAGUUUCUGGUUUGGGCCAAACCUCUGCUGGACUCCCUGGGGACCUAUCCUCAGGUCUAAAUCUGCCUGAGGAGGGGGGAAUGGUCAGUUUAGGAUGUCGUGGGAGUAGGGAGUCAGUGGGGCUUCUUGGAGGAGUCUAGCUUCAGCUAAGUCUCUAAGGAUGAAAACCAGUUAGGGAAGUGAAGUUGAACAGCUAUCUGCUAGCAGCUCAACCCACAUCGCUUAGACCCAUCUUCCAGUUGCACAGUAGAUAUAUUUCCCAGCCUCCCUUGUAGCUCAGGGUGGUCAUGUAAUUGGGUCUAGCCAGGGCCAUGUGAGCUGAGGAUUUGGGAGACUUUUCCAAUCCAGGUCCAUAAAAAAUCUCCCAGGCUCUUUCUCCUGCUCUUGCCUUUGCAAGAAUGACUUUGGAAGCCAUGUCAACCUGGGUCCCUCCUAGGUCCCCAGCAUGGAAGAGGACCUCCAUAUAUACACUCAUACACACACUCACACAUCCAACCAUCUUAUACUGCUCUGGAAACAAGAAAUAAACUCAUGAUUCAACCAGGAUAUGUUGUUGGAAUGUGGGGCUAGGGGAUAGGGUUUUUUUGUUUUUUUGUUUUGUUUUUUUUUGUGGUGCUAGGGAUUGAACCCAGGGCCCUGUGCAUGUGAGGCAAGCACUCUUCCCUCUGAGCCAUGUCCCCAGCCCAAGGGGGUAGUUUUAUUGCAUCAGUGGAUCCCUCUAACAAUUCACCAGAAACAGAGGUAGGAAAAACUGCCCUUCUUUUCAUUAGUAUUAAAAUAAAUACUGUGUAUAUAAAGUUAGAACAAUUUAAACUAGUUAAGAAUUUAUUGAACUAGACCCUAGUUAGGCUUUUUUUAUUUUUUAUGUGAUUGAUUGUUUGAUUGUGGUAGUGCAAAUUGACCCCAAGGCCUCUACCACUUUGAUACAACCCUUUUUAUUUUUUACUUUGAGACAGCCUAAGUUGCUAAGUCUGGCCUCAAAUUUGUGAUCUUCCUGCCUCAACCUCCCCAUUCGCUGGGAUUACAGGCAUUCACCACCACAUCCCACAACCCAGUUGGGCAUUUCAAUUGUGCUCAUUUUUUCACUUCUUCAAACACUGUUGUACUUUGUGAAUAUGUUUAGUUUUGCCCAGAGGAGAAAUCCAUAUAGCAGAUUGGCUGGUUAAUCGGCAUAUAUAUUUUCCUCCUCAAGUUGGCCCCCACGUUGAUAUCUACCACCAACCUACCAGAGAGCCUGGAUCUUCACCCCACCUGCCUCUGUCAUUGGUGUAUGGAACUCCUAUUUUUCUUUUUUUCUCUUUGCUAGACGGAUGAAAAAUGUAAGGGUUGUGUCAACUUGGCUAGGCUGCACACCACUUCCAAGAUUUCCCUUCCUUGCAUGUUUCUGGUUAGGAUGCUCACAAGAGAGAUUCCUGUGCACGAUUUGAUGGACAGAAGAGAGAAGCAGCAGUCACUUCUGGAGCUCACUGUCUUUGCAGCUGAUUUCUGAAUCAGCAGAGGCCAGGCCUGCAACUGCUCUGCCUUGCCCUCUAUUAGCCUUCAGCAGCACUGUCUCCUGGGCUAGGCGUUCAAUGAAGGGUCCCAGCUACUGCAGGAAACCUUCAUCACCCAUGUCAACAAGAAGGGUUGUGGGCUUAAGUCCAUCCUCAUGGGUGCCAGCCAGGCUUGUGAUUCCAGCUAGCUCUGGAGUUCCCACCCCACUUUAUAUCCAUCCUUCCUUCCUGACUCCCAGCAGAAUGAAUCUUAAGCUCCAACGUUAGAUCAAUGAGGACAGACUUAAAGAGCUAGCUCAACAGCUUCCACAGUCGUAGGACCUCCUUCACUGAUGAAAUCCUAACUGAUACAAAUGUGACAUCUUUUACUUUUGUGGGGGAGGAAGGUGCCCAUUGGGAAUGGAACCAACAACCUUACACAUGCUUAGGACACACUCUCUAUCAUUGAGUUGUACCCAGUUUUCUUUUAUUGCCUUUUUUUAUUGUUUUUAUUUGUUCUUAUUAGUUAUGCAUGACAGUAGAAUGUAUUUUUUUAUCUAAAAUCCAGAUUUAAUAUGAUCAAUAUUUUAACUUUUUUGUUUCUGCCUUCUUUUCCUAAAACAAAUGAAGUUCUAUAGACAUAAACCAAAUACUCUGUUUUAGUCAGCUUUCUGUCACUAUAAUGAAAUACCCAAGAUAACUUACACAGAGAAAAGGUUGAUUUCAUCUCACAGUCUUGGAGGUUUCAGUCCAUGGUCAGGUGGCCCUGCUGCUUUGGGCCUGUCAUGAAGCAGCACAUCACAGCUUAGUUCAACAAAACUACUCAUCUCAUGGUCAAGAAGCAAAAAGAGAAAGAGGACCAGGUCAGGGUUCCGCAAUGUCAUUCAAUGGCAUGUCCCCAGUGACCUGAAGAUCUCCUAUUAAGUCACACCUCUCAAAGGUCCCACCACCUCCCAAUAGUGCCAUCCUUGACCAAGCCGUGAACACCUUUGGGGAACAUUUUAGAUCCAAACCAUAGCACCAUCUCCCACCAUCCCUCCAAUGUCCCCCACCCCCACUAAGGCAUAACCACUGUCCUGAAAUACGUGGGAAGUAUACACAUUUUAGGUAGUGUUCUCUUUGGGGGUACCUGGCCCACAUUUAUAAUAGCACUGCUGUAUGUGCUCCUAGGCAAGUUCUAUAUACAAGGCAGGGUGCUCACAACCUGCAGCUUCACAUUGGCACUGAGGAUGUGCUUUCUGGACCUGUCUGUGUUGCCAAAACCUCAUGUUCUCAUACCACAGGGUCAGCAGGUCGCCCAGGUACAGUUCUCCAUCCAUUUAGCUCACUGAACUCUUCUUCAGUGCCCUCCAGUAAAGUUUUAUAAAUUUUUUCAUAAAGUAUUGCACAUCUUUUGUUGGAUUUAUGCUGAGCUACCUUGAAGCUGUCACUACCUAUAUAAAUGUUAUUGUUAAUCUUUUGAAACUAAGAGCAGAGUUUUAAUCGUGGUAAAAUCCUGAUUCGAUAAAAAAUUUACCAUUUUUACUAUUUCCAGGUGCUGUUAAGUGUAUUGACAUCCUUGUGCAACCAAUUUCUAGAACUCCUCCCUACUUGCAGAACUGAAACUCAAUACCCAUUAAUCAAUAACUCCCCACUGCUCCCACUAGCCCUGAUAACCCCCCAUUCUAGUUUCUGUCCCUAUCAAUUUGAGUAAUCUAAAUUCCUCACAAGUGGAUUCAUGCGGAAUCUCACUCAUACAGAAUAAUGUCCUCGAGACAUGCAAUGACCCGUUCAAAUUUGCUUCCUUUUAAGGCUGCAUGAUAGUCCAUUGUAUUUACACAUUACAUUUUCCUUAUUCACCUGUUGAUAGACACUUGGGUUGCUUCCAGUGUUGUAAAUAACAUUGCUAUAAAGAGGAGUGUGUAGGUAUUUCAAGACCCUGUUCUCAUUUUUUUGUCAGGGGGAAGGGGAAUACCAAGAAGUGGGAUUGCUGGAUCAUAUGUGGAAGUUCUAAACUUUUAAACGUGUAGGGGUGAGGGGACCUACCCUCUUUCCCUCUGCAGUUUAGGUGAUUGAGGCCACGAAAACAAACUGAGGAUGGGUGAACAGGAGAAAAGACACGCACUUUCACCCUGCACCGGGAGCACCAGAGGAAAGUGGUAUACCCAAGAUCCUAAAGCCAAAGACACUUACACGCCCUGGUUCAUAGGGGGAAGGGAGUGUCGCCAUAGGCAAGUUUAGUUAAUGAUUUUUAGGAGACACGAAUGGAUCCAAAGAACAGACAAUAGCCUGGGACAAAGUUCUCCUGGGUUCCGGGUGUUUGACUUUCAGUUUCUUCGGCUUGGAGUUAAUCUUCCCAUUGCAUGAGAUUGCCCAGAUGGGGCUCAAGACGACUACAUUCCUUCUGGAGGAAUUUCCUUUAGUCAGAUAAGGGAAUUUGAGGGGGGAAAAAAAAAAGAUCUUCUCUGUGUUUUGGGAGAGGCAGAGGAGCCAGAAUCAGGGUCCAGCUCGGUGGGGAGGGGAAAAGGAG